AUGGCCUCCAUAGCUAUCAAUCGCUCCGCUCUAGCCUGUCUGUUGUUACAGCAUACUUCCAGUACUUUUGGGUCUGCUGCGUAUGAUUUCGCUUCUUUCCUAUUCCUAAUCCAGGUGUUUCCGGAUAAUUUGAUCCCUGCUUCACUUGCUGGACUUUGUUCCACAGCAUGCGGUCUCAUACUGUCUGGUUAUAUCGGGAGCUUGGUCGAUCGCAUCAAACGACUACCAUUUGUUAGAACAGUGAUAUGUGCCCAAAAGGUACUUCAAGCUUCAAGCUACUCCUUCUUCCUCAUCUUACUAGGCCCUUUCAAGAGUUUCGCUGCGAGUGCUUUCCACGGAGAUGAAUCGAUAUCUCGGGUCGCAGCAACAUGGGGUAUACUCCUGUCCAUAAUCACUUCUUCAGCUUUUCUGGGACUAAGUGCUACUGGGAUGACGGUCGCCAUCGAGAGAGACUGGAUCACCGAGAUAGCACAAAGUGACUCGACUGUCCUGACUCGUCUGAACACGUACAUGAGAAGGAUUGAUCUGUUAAGCAAAUUGACGGCUCCACUCCUGGUUUCUCUCCUCACAUCAACGGGUGGCUACCCAUUGGCUACAACCGUCCUUCUCGGAAUGUCUGCUGUGUCUCUUGCAACAGAGUAUUGGUGGAUUCAGGUAGUUUACAAUCAUUUCCCAGUAUUGGACCGGGAAACAGCUCAUUCCAGCCGCGAUCACGAGGAACUGGGGCUGCUGGAGGAGGACAACGAUGCCGGAGAUAGCAUCGUGCGACAUAUGGAGUCCAGCAAUGGGACAGGAGGGAUAUGGAAGAAAUUGGAAAUGGAAAAGCAAAGUUGGCUAGAGUUUAUCGCAUUGCCCAUCUUCUUUAGUUCCACCUCUAUGGCACUCAUUCAUUUGACUACUCUAUCCUAUGCCGCUCGCGGAUGGGAUGACACCAUCAUCGCUAGUAUGCGGGGGUUGUGCCUUGUGACUGGCUUGAUUGGUACUGCUGCAAUGCCCAUACUGGAACGUAGAAUAGGGUUGGAGAGAGCCGGAGCGUGGUCAAUAUGGUACGAGGUAGCCUGUUUAGCUCCUGUGGCGGUGUCGUUCUUUUUUGGUACAGGCAAAUAUGGUGAACAUGGACCCGUGUGGAACUCAAUCGUUCUCUUCGGCGGUAUUGCUCUGUCCCGUGUCGGUUUAUGGUCUUUCGAUCUAUGCCAACUGAAAGAAUUGCAACUCGCGCUCGAUACACAUCCACGUCGAAAUCAACUUACCGCACGACAGAUCUCACUACAAAAUCUCUUUGACCUCUUGAAAUACGUAUUGACGCUGUCGGCUUCUACUCCAGCACGCUUCAAAUGGACCGCUCUUGUCAGCUGGCUAGCGAUCGUGGUCGGAGCAGUGUCAUACGCGGUCUAUCUCAGAAGUGUACGAGGUCAUUUGUUCCAUUUUUGCCGAACAAAGGAAUUAUAG